AUGCCGAGCGGAUUCCAGCAGAUCCAGAAUGAGGAGGAGGACGCGGACGCCCCGCCCCCCCCCGGGCUGACCCCCACCCUGGCCAUGGCGGUGGGGACGGCGGCGUUGGGGUCACUGCAGGUCGGAUACCACGUGGGGGUCAUCAACGCGCCCCAAAAGGUCCUGGAAGAUGAGUACAACGCCACGUGGACGCAGCGCUGGGGGGAGCCGCCCCCCCCCUCGGCCGUCUCCACGCUCUGGGCUCUGUCGGUCGCCAUCUUCUCCGUGGGGGGGAUGAUGGCGUCGCUGGGGGUGGGCCUGGUGGCUGAGCGCCUCGGCAGGAAGCACGCCAUGAUCGCCACCAACGCCCUGGCCUUUGUGGGCGGGGCCAUGAUGGGCGCGGCCAAGUGGGGCCCCUCCUACGUCCUCAUCAUCAUUGGGCGGUUCCUGCUCGGCGCCUACUCAGGGCUGGUCUCAGGGUUGGUUCCCAUGUAUGUGGGGGAGAUCGCCCCCACCCACCUGCGGGGGGCUCUGGGGACCCUGCACCAAUUGGCCGUCGUCAUCGGCAUCCUGGGGGCGCAGGUAUGGGGAAGGAUGGGGGGGGGGGCAGGGAAGGAUGGGAUUUGGGGGGGGGUCCGAGUGAGAUUUGGGGACGAAAAAAGGGGAUUUGGGGGCCCUAAGGUGGUCUUCAGAGGGGGUGUGGGGUUAAAGAGGGGGGUUCUGGAGUGAGUUGGGGUAAAUAAAGGGAACUGGGGGUCCCUCGGGUUCUUCAGGAUGGGAUUAUGCCCCCAUAGGAUGGGAUUAUGCACAUAUAGGAUGGGAUUAUGCCCCCAUAGGAUGGGAUUACACCCCAAUAAAAUGGGAUUAUGCCCCCAUAGGAUGGGAUUAUGCCCCAUAGGCUGGGAUUACACCCCUAUAGGAUGGGAUUACACCCCCACAGACUGGGAUUGCACCCCAUAUGAUGGGAUUACGCCCCAAUAAAAUGGGAUUACGCCCCAUAGGACAGGAUUUUGCCCCCAUAGGUUGGAAUUACACCCCUAUAGAUUGGGAUUACACCCCCAUGGAUUGGGAUUACACCCCAUAUCCUGGGAUUACAUCCCAUAAACUGGGAUUACGCCCGAAUAAAAUGGGAUUACACCCAAACAGACUGGGAUUACCUCCCCAUACGACAGGAUUACACCCCAUAGGCUGAGAUUAUACCCCAUAUGACAGGAUUACGCCCCAAUAAAAUGGGAUUACACCCCA